GUCUAAUAAAGAGUGCGAUACAUUUGUGACAUGAGUUGACAUAGGAAUGGUUCUUAACAGAAAGGGCGAUACUAUGCGACAAGGACAGACAAUACGAAUGGUGUACAGAGGAGUCGAGAAUAACGAAGGGAAUAGAAGAACGUGGUUCGCGAAAAUCAAAAAUCCAAAAAAAGCACUUGAACAUAAUAAGUAGGAUUAGAACCAACUAUUUAUGAAUCGGAUAUUAAGAGCUUAAUAAUUUUUUAACUUUGAAAUAAACUGUGUUUAAGUGUUAUUUCUAUUUCGUUUCUACUGGUCAAAAGUGUUUUAAUAAAAACAAUAACUAUUCUAUUCAUUAAAAAUGCCUAUCGAUCAAAAACGACUUAAUGGUCCAGAAGUAACUGUGCCUUAUCAUAUUUACUCUGAUGUCGAUGAAAAAAGUGACGAAGUAAAAUACGAUCUUAGUGAAAGAAGUGAUAAACGGACCAACAAUGAAAUGCGAAAAAUAUUUUUAAAAGCAGGUAUAGUUAGUCAAGCCAAAGGUUCUGCAUAUAUAGAAUUGGGAAAUACAAAAGUAGUUUGUUCGGUGUUUGAUCCUAGGGAGGUAUCAAACAAGAAUAGCUACUACGCACAAGGAGAAAUUUAUUGUGAAUUUAAAUUUGCACCAUUCUCUUGUCAAAAACGAAAAGUUCAUCAGCAAAAUGCAGAAGAAAAACAAUAUAGCUUAAUUUUACAGAGGGCAUUAGAACCAGCUGUGUGCUUGCAUGAAUUUCCUAAUUUUCAAGUAGAUGUAUAUGUAAUGGUCCUGGAUAAUGCUGGUUCUUCAUUAGCAGCUGCAAUUAUGGCUGCUAGUACUGCUUUAGCUAAUGCAGGUGUUCCUAUGUUUGGUUUAGUUACAGCUUCUACUAUAGGUAUAUAUGAUAAUCAUUACUUAAUGGAUCCUACGGACAUAGAAGAAGCAAUAUGCAAUACACAACCAGAUAACCAAGGCGAUUUUAAUCAUGGGAUAAUUACAUUAGCUAGUCUUCCACAACAUAAUCAAAUAUCUGAAGUAUUUUUAAUUGGCAGUAUUAACACAAAUUCUGUUGUACAAGCAACAGAAAUUUUAACAGCAGCUAAUAAAGAUAUUUGUCCUGUACUUCAACAAUGUUUAGUAAAAACUAUUAUGAAACUACAUAAUUAAACAAAAUAGUAAAAUACUUAAUUAAGAAACAAUUUUGUGUUGUAUUUAAAUAUAUAUUUC